AUGCCGUUUGGGUGUGUGACUCUGGGUGACAAGAAGAACUAUAACCAGCCGUCGGAGGUGACUGACAGAUAUGAUUUGGGACAGGUCAUCAAGACUGAGGAGUUCUGUGAAAUCUUCCGGGCCAAAGACAAGACCACAGGCAAGUUGCACACUUGCAAGAAGUUCCAGAAGCGGGAUGGCCGCAAGGUGCGGAAGGCGGCCAAGAAUGAGAUUGGCAUCCUCAAGAUGGUAAAACAUCCCAACAUCCUACAACUGGUAGAUGUGUUUGUGACUCGAAAGGAAUACUUCAUCUUCCUGGAGCUGGCCACGGGGAGGGAGGUGUUUGACUGGAUCCUGGACCAGGGCUACUACUCGGAGCGAGACACGAGCAAUGUGGUGCGGCAGGUCCUGGAGGCUGUGGCCUACUUGCACUCACUGAAGAUUGUGCAUAGAAACCUCAAGCUGGAAAACCUAGUUUACUACAACCGGUUGAAGAACUCAAAGAUUGUCAUCAGCGACUUUCACCUGGCUAAGUUAGAGAAUGGCCUCAUCAAAGAGCCCUGUGGGACCCCGGAGUAUCUGGCCCCGGAGGUGGUAGGCCGACAGCGGUAUGGACGCCCUGUAGACUGCUGGGCCAUUGGUGUCAUCAUGUACAUCUUGCUUUCAGGCAACCCACCCUUCUAUGAGGAGGUGGAAGAAGAUGACUACGAGAACCAUGAUAAGAAUCUCUUCCGCAAGAUCCUGGCUGGUGAUUAUGAGUUUGACUCUCCGUACUGGGAUGAUAUUUCCCAGGCAGCCAAAGAUCUGGUUACCAGGCUGAUGGAGGUAGAACAAGACCAGCGGAUCACAGCGGAAGAGGCCAUCUCCCAUGAAUGGAUUUCGGGCAAUGCCGCUUCUGAUAAGAACAUCAAAGAUGGUGUUUGUGCUCAAAUUGAAAAGAACUUUGCCAGGGCCAAGUGGAAGAAAGCUGUUCGAGUGACCACGCUCAUGAAGCGGCUCCGGGCACCGGAGCAGUCUGGCGCCGCUGCCUCAGCCACAGACACUGCCACACCUGGGGCUGCAGGUGGGAUCAAAGCGGCACUGACAAGUGGAGCUGCCCUGACCUCUGUGGGCAGUGCUGCUGCAGCCACGGGGGGUGAUGCCUGUGCUCCCAAGAGUGAUAAUGUAGCUGGCACAGAUCGUAGCGCCACCCCGGCCACGGAUGGGAGUGCCACCCCAGCCACGGAUGGGAGCGCCACUCCGGCCACGGAUGGGAGCAUCACCCCCGCCACGGAUGGAAGUGUCACCCCAGCCACUGACAGGAGCGCGACUCCAGCCACGGAUGGGAGAGCCACACCGGCCACAGAAGAGAGCACAGUGCCCACCACCCAGAGCAGCGCCACAUCAGCUGCUGUGGCAGCUGUCACCCCUGAGCCGGCAAUGACCCAGCCGGACAGCACAGCCCUAGGGGGCGCCACAGGCCAGGCUCCGCCCUCUAGUAAAGGGGAAGAGGCUGCUGGCCAUGCCCAGGAGUCUCAGAGGGAGACCAGCUGA